UCUCUUUUCUCUCGGCUGGAUGCUCGGCACCUCGUCUUCGCUCUGCCGCCUCGCGUGGACGGUGGAAGGGGAAACGCCUGUCUUCUGUCAGGGAGCUGAAAGGUUCCCGAACAGCCAGGACUGUUUGUUGCUCGACUUGGCAGGCUUGAGGCAGGGGCCCCGCGGCACCGCGUCUGCGCGGCAUUCUCGGCCUCACGCGCGCGCUUUUCGAGUGACUGCGCUGUUUCUCUCAGAGACGCUAAUUCGAGCGAAGAUGCCCGAGCUUUCACAGAAGAAGCUGAAGGCGGUUCUCGACAGUCCAGAACGCCUCGCGGCGGUUCUCGCAAAGAUUCUCGAAGCAGACACAGAACUCCAGGCGGCGCCAGGCUGCCUCCUCGUCGGAUACCCAGCCACAGUCGCGCAGGCUUCAGCCUUCCUCAAAGAGGGUGCAAAAUUUGAGAAACUUGUGCAGGUAUCGCUGCCCAUGGAGGCGGUGCUGCAGCGUCUCGAGGAAGACGAAGACCAGCCGGAUGUCGACCGGGAAGAGGUCGAACGCGCGCUCAACGCAUACUACGUUAACGAAGAGGCGCUCCGACGUUUCUUCGAACCGCGCGGCCAGUUGAUGACGCUGGACGGCACCUCCCCGACAGCCGAAGCAGUUUGUCGCUCUGCAUUCGCUCCUCGAGUUCUUCUGUUUCCAAGUGCACACCUGCGUCCAUCUUUCGCGAAAGAAAUCGCCGCGGUGAUUGCACAAAAAAUGCGAGGCCGAGUUGUCGAUGUCGCCGAGUUCCACACCCCAGAUGCAAGAGGUCAGGCACCAGACGAAGACGUCUUCCGCGAUCUAGCGACUGCAGAGCCGCGCGACUUGGCUGCUCGUCAAACUCCAAAUGCAGAAGUGACGGCUCUCCUUCUUGCGGAGCUCAAACGCUCGUCGACCGAGGUGCUCCUCGUCUGUGGCUUCCCCUUCGCACCUCUCGACCACGACGCAGGCCUCUUUGCCCAGAUCCUUCAACUUCGACAGGCAUGCAACAUCGACGGGUUGUUGUUGCUGGACGUCCCCGCUUCCUCUUUUGAGGCUUUCGGGAUUUCCGCAAGUGUCGUUGAGACCCUCGGUCUUUCGAUUCCUCAACUUGUACAACAUUCUCACACGGUCAACGACCUUCUGGUCUCCGUCUUGGGAGAAAGCGUCAAAAGCAAAGUUCGCCUGACCCUUCGUACCGAUCAAACGCUCAAGGAAAUCAAAGCGACUCUGACGGCGGAACUCGGUCUCGCUGCCGAGCCGGUGGAGACGAUGGAUUCGACGUGACGCAGAAACACAAAUUUAGAUCGCUUGGAAAAAAAAGGCCCGCCAACACACAAAUUCGCGACUUGUGCAAAAAGCGCCAAAAUCUACGUCGCCGGUGUUGCAGUCCGACAGCCAGGUGUUCAUCAGAAAAAAAAAUGCAUGACAUUCACAGAGCACUCCAGAGACAUGUCCCUGCGUUCACAUCCACAUACAUAUACCGAUACAU